CUCUCUCUUCAAACGGGAGAGUCUACUGUAUCGAGGCUGCGGUUGAAGGGCCAGGUGAGGCUGUCGGAGGGAUUUCCCUGAGGAAGACGUGCCGCAAACAUGCCCAGCAAGAAGAAAAAAUACAACGCUCGCUUUCCACCCGGGCGCAUCAAAAAAAUCAUGCAGACGGACGAGGAGGUGGGGAAGGUCGCACAGGCUGUGCCCAUCAUAAUCUCUAGAACAUUGGAGUUGUUUGUGCACUCACUCCUUACCAAAACAAUGCAAAUCACAAGUGCCAAGCAGGCAAAGACGUUAAGUCCUUCUCACAUGAAACAAUGUAUUCUUUCAGAAAGUAGAUUUGACUUUUUGAAGGAUCUUGUCAAAAAUUUGCCAGAUGCUUCUGGUCCAGAUGAUGACAACCAUACUCCUCCUGCAACCCCAGCAAUGCAAGUUGUUCCAGCCAGUACAGCGAUAACUUCUUUUGCCCCCAAGGCUCCAGCUGUUGCUGUAGUAAAUGUAUCCAAAGAUGGCUCAACCUGUGUACAAUCUUUUGAACAAACACAAAUUCCAAGUCGGAGGCACUCUGUUGACAAAGGAGAUAGGGGAGCUAAAACAGUAUUCGCUUGCAAUGCUCCAAAGUUUAAAAUAUCCGUGCCUACAUCAUUUAAUGCUAGCCAACCAAAUUUCUACACAGAAGUGAAUAGUAGUGCAAGUGAUAGCGUUCCAAGAAGUUCUGCAGUCAAUCAACCAGUAUCGAAUUUUGCUUGUACUGCCAACAUUGAUGAAGAUUACGAUACGUAGCAAACCAGUCAAUAAUUUAUUAUACUAUAUGAACACAUUGUAAAAAGUAUACGUUAAAUGACUUGAGUUGACUAGGUUGAACAUAGUUAGACCACUGUUGGUCUCUGGAUAAUCUCAGGAGUUUAGAAAAAGGUAUAACUUGAUCUUCACUGUGAAGCACGAUGAAUGAUAGAUUUUUAACACAUGCUAGCAUAACUAUAAAAUUCAAGAACAAUUAUUUCUUAGCUCGUAUUAUGAAAAAUACUUGAAAUACCUGAAAGAAUGUUAUUAUAAAUAUUUCUUUUACUUUGAUUAAAUAAGUAUUCAAAACAUGAAUUAAGUCUGUAAUAUGCAAUAAGACUGCUAUAUCAUAUUUUUUUAACCACUAAAUUAUUAAACGAUCAUACACGUUUAUUUGAAUAUAUAUAUAUAUAUAUAUAUAUAUAUAUAUAUAUAUAUAACAUUGCAUAUUUACUCUAUGUUCUUUAACUUUAAGGUGUGAUAAUCGAUUGUGUGAAAUGUGAAUUCAUGAUUAUUUUUGUUACACACUAUUAAUUUUCAAGAUUUUGGAUAUUUAUUUUUGUAUCAAAAAUUGCGUUUCGCAUUGAAUGUUCAUCGACAUACCUUGUGCAAGAUGCACUACUCUGGUUAUAGUCACAAAUUUAAUGUGCGAUUCGCUUUAUAGUAAGAUGUAAGCAAUGAACUAUCUUUCAAAAAUGUGGAAUUACAUAAUUACGUACAAGUUCAAAUGUAGUGUUUUCAUAACCGUUAUAAUUGAUAAUGCGAAUAUUAUUAUCAAUCAUUUUUGAAUAAUCUGUGACAUAUUUGAAAAUAAAAUGAAAUAUUUUUUUUUUAA